GUGUAGAGAUCAGGUGUAUCCUCUGGCUCUACCUUCUGCCAGCGUAGUGAUCUGUUUCUUUAACGAGGCGUUCUCCGCCCUGCUGAGGACGGUGCACAGCGUGUUGGACCGGACUCCACCCGCUCUGCUGCAUGAGAUCAUCCUGGUGGACGAUCACAGCGACCUCGAAGAGCUGAAGGAGGACUUGGAUCGCUACGUCAGGGACGAGCUGCAGGUCAAAGUUCAACUAGUGAGGAACCAGAAGAGGGAAGGACUCAUACGAGGACGUAUGAUAGGAGCCUCCUAUGCUACCGGUGAGGUGCUGGUCUUCCUGGACAGUCACUGUGAGGUGAACCAGGCGUGGCUGCAGCCUCUGCUGGUGCUGAUCCAGAAGGACCGGCACACCGUGGUCUGUCCCGUCAUCGACAUCAUCUCUGCUGACACGCUCUCCUACUCGCCCUCUCCCAUCGUCCGGGGCGGCUUCAACUGGGGGCUGCACUUCAAGUGGGACCCCGUCCCGCCGUCUGAGCUCAGCGGGCCUGAGGGAGCCAUUGGACCAAUCAGGUCUCCCACGAUGGCAGGAGGCCUGUUUGCUAUGAACAGGAACUAUUUUAAUGAGCUUGGACAAUACGACGCAGGCAUGGACAUCUGGGGUGGAGAGAACCUCGAAAUCUCUUUCAGGAUCUGGAUGUGCGGCGGUCAGCUCCUCAUUGUCCCGUGCUCCAGAGUUGGACACAUCUUCAGGAAGAGGCGGCCCUAUGGCUCUCCGGGGGGGCAGGACACAAUGGCCCAUAAUUCCCUGCGGCUGGCGCAUGUGUGGAUGGAUGAGUAUAAGGAGCAGUAUCUGUCUCUGAGGCCGGAGCUGCGCGGGCGGGGCUACGGUGACAUCAGCGACCGUGUGGCGUUGAGGAAGCGGCUGCAGUGUCGGUCGUUUCGUUGGUACUUGGACACAGUUUAUCCCGAGAUGCAGACUGUCGUCAAUGGCAACAAGCAGCACCAGCAGCCCGUCUUCUUCAACAAGGGCCUGAAGCGGCCCAAAGUGCUUCAGAGAGGGCGGCUGCGUAACCUAGCAACAGGACACUGCCUGGUGGCUCAGGGACGGGCGAGUCAGAAGGGCGGGUCAGUGGUGCUGCGACCGUGUGACCCCGGAGACCCUGAACAGCACUGGACGUAUGAUGACGAUGGUCAGCUGGUCCUGGCAGGUCUGCUGUGUCUGGACGUGUCAGAGGUCAGGACCUUUGAUCCCCCCAGACUGAUGAAGUGUCACGGCUCAGGGGGGUCCCAGCAGUGGGGUCUGGGGAAACCUAACCGGCUGUACCAGGUCUCGGUCGGACUGUGUCUGUCCGUCUCCCAAGCCGUCGGACCCAAGGGUUACGUUUCCAUGGCAAUAUGUGAUGUCUCACUGGUGCAGCAGUGGCAGCUGGACAGCUGAAGCUGAGGACAGACUUUGGUUUUUCUUUUAGAGACGAUCAGGUUUUACUGCAGAUGGCUCGCCUCUCGGGUCCAGGGUCCAGACUCUGGGAUCUGGAUCCAACCCAAAUGAACCAGGGCCAUGUGGAGUUUGUUGUCUUCUGUGUGGAUCGGGACAUGUCAGGCCUCUGGUCGUCCAUCAGACUCUCACACCUGCUCCUAAUUUUCAGGAAGACAAAAAGAUGCCAGGAAUGACUUUUAUUUUGAAAUUUUAAAUUCUUUAAUAUUUACUGACUCAUAAAAAUGCUGCAGUUCCACUUUUUAAUUUGUGGGGUCACUGAACUCUGCAAAACUGACAGGUUAUUUUUUUCCUCAUUUCACCACAUAUUCCAGAUUAAACAAUCAAUGAGUGGA